AUGGCGGCGCUGCCCGGCACCGUCCCGCGCAUGAUGCGGCCCGCGCCGGGCCAGAACUACCCGCGCACCGGGUUUCCCCUGGAAGGUAAGAGCCCGGGCGCCGGCCUGCACCCAGCCCUGCGCCGCGGAGCUCAGGUCCCGGGAGAGCCGGCGGGGCGGCGGCCGCAGGAGGGGCCCCCCUUUCCUGGGGACCAAGACCGGGCGCCCGACGCAGAAGUUUCUGGGACCGACACUUGUCGGGCUGCGCGCGGGGCCCGAGCUCCCCGGUCGCGGAUCCGGCCUCAGCCGCCGGCCUGGGCGCCCGCGGACUCGGCGCCUAGUAGAUUUCGGGUGCUGGUGUGGCAGGAGUCGGGGCACACUGUAUCCAGGGGGAACUCUUGCAACCAGCCUGGAUUCCUCUCUCCACCCCUGGAGGACCCUCCCAUGGCUUCCCAACCUCUGAACUCCCAGGCUCUGAAAGUGGAGAGCACAGUGUCCACCCCCCUUGGCCAAGGCCGGGUCAAUCAGCUCGGUGGGGUCUUCAUCAACGGGCGACCCCUGCCUAACCACAUCCGCCACAAGAUCGUGGAGAUGGCCCACCAUGGCAUCCGGCCCUGCGUCAUCUCCCGCCAGCUGCGCGUCUCCCACGGCUGCGUCUCCAAGAUUCUCUGUCGCUACCAAGAGACCGGGUCCAUCCGGCCCGGGGCCAUCGGGGGCAGCAAGCCCAGAGUGGCCACUCCGGACGUGGAGAAGAAGAUCGAGGAGUACAAGAGGGAGAACCCGGGCAUGUUCAGCUGGGAGAUCCGGGACCGCCUGCUGAAGGACGGACACUGUGACCGCAGCACCGUGCCCUCAGUGAGUUCGAUUAGCCGCGUGCUCAGAAUCAAGUUCGGGAAGAAGGAGGAGGAGGAUGAAGCGGACAAGAAGGAGGAGGACGUGGAGAAGAAAGCCAAGCACAGCAUCGACGGCAUCCUGGGCGACAAAGGGAACCGGCUGGACGAAGGCUCAGACGUGGAGUCGGAACCCGACCUCCCGCUGAAGCGCAAGCAGCGCCGCAGCCGGACCACGUUCACGGCUGAGCAGCUGGAGGAGCUGGAGAAGGCCUUUGAGAGGACUCACUACCCCGACAUCUACACCCGCGAGGAGCUGGCGCAGAGGACCAAGCUGACUGAGGCGCGCGUCCAGGUUUGGUUCAGUAACCGCCGGGCCCGUUGGCGUAAGCAGGCAGGAGCCAACCAGCUGGCGGCGUUCAACCACCUUCUGCCAGGGGGCUUCCCGCCCACCGGCAUGCCCACGCUGCCCCCCUACCAGCUGCCAGACUCUACUUACCCAACCACCACCAUCUCCCAAGACGGGGGCAGUACGGUGCACCGGCCCCAGCCCCUCCCGCCGUCCACCAUGCACCAGGGGGGCCUGGCUGCGGCCGCCGCUGCCGACACCAGCUCUGCCUACGGAGCCCGCCACAGCUUCUCCAGCUACUCCGACAGCUUCAUGAACCCGGCGCCUUCCAACCACAUGAACCCCGUCAGCAAUGGCCUGUCUCCCCAGGUGAUGAGUAUUCUGAGCAACCCCAGUGCCGUGCCACCACAGCCACAGGCCGACUUCUCCAUUUCCCCACUACACGGCGGCCUGGACUCUGCCACCUCCAUCUCGGCCAGCUGCAGCCAGCGGGCUGACUCCAUCAAGCCGGGAGACAGCCUGCCCACCUCCCAGUCCUACUGCCCGCCCACCUACAGCACCACCGGCUACAGCGUGGACCCCGUGGCUGGCUACCAGUACGGCCAGUACGGCCAGACUGCUGUUGAUUACCUGGCCAAAAACGUGAGCCUCUCCACACAGCGCCGCAUGAAGCUCGGGGAGCACUCCGCUGUGCUGGGACUCCUGCCUGUGGAAACUGGCCAGGCAUACUAG